GUUAUUUUGACCUUUGCUUGUCACAAUUAUUGAAACAACCAAAUAAACGCCGCAAAUCGUACUACUCAGAAUCGGAUGUACAUGUUUCAAGUAAAGCAAUGCGACAUCCCCGCGGUUCGUUAUACUUCGUUGUUUCGUUUCGCCUUCUACUCUAUGUUAUACAACAGCAGCCAUUUGGAAUCUUUACCUAUGUCAGUAUGAACAUACGUCAAUAUCAUUUCCCGUCAACUCACACAUGGACAUUUCCCACCAAAGCCACCAUCACACUUGCAUUCAAUACAAGGGCUUUGGAUUUCGCUGAUGCCGUCGCUAUCGAGGACAUUCACAAAUGAACGUUUGAGGCUGAACUGUCCACGUUCUGUCAGUAAAAACAUGCACAUCCGAUCAACCUCCCUC